GCCGCCACCACCGCCAUGGGCAACGCCCCCACCAAGAAGGACACCAAGCAGGAGGACAUCAAAGAGUCCCUAGCCAGAGCCAAAGAAGAUUUCCUCUACAGAUGGGAACACCCGUUUCACUUGGAUCAGUUUGAACUGCUGAACACACUGGGCAUCGGCUCCUUCGGGCGAGUGGUACUGGUGAGGCACCGGGAGAGCGGCAGCCACUACGCCAUGAAGAUCCUCAACAAGCAGAAGGUGGUGAAGCUGAAGCAGGUCGAGCACGUCCUGAACGAGAAGCGCAUCCUGCAGGCUAUCGACUUUCCGUUCCUCGUCAAGUUCCAGUUCUCCUUCAGGGACAACUCCAACCUGUACCUGGUGUUGGAGUACGUGUCGGGUGGGGAGAUGUUCUCCCACCUACGGCGCGUCAGAAAGUUCAGAGAGCCCCAUGCCUGUUUCUAUGCCGCCCAGAUCGUCCUGGCCUUCCAGUACCUGCACUCUCUCGACCUCAUCCACCGCGACCUGAAGCCCGAGAACCUCCUCAUUGACCAGCAGGGCUACGUGCAGGUGACGGACUUCGCUUUCGCCAAGCGCGUGAGGGGCCGCACUUGGACCCUGUGCGGGACCCCCGAGUACCUGGCCCCCGAGAUCAUCCUGAGCAAAGGCUACAACAAGGCCGUGGACUGGUGGGCCCUGGGGGUGCUCACCUACGAGAUGGCCAUGGGCUUCCCACCCUUCUAUGCCGACAAGCCGAUCCAGAUCUACGAGAAGAUCGUCUCUGGGAAGUUGCGGUUCCCCUCCCAUGUCAGCUCUGACCUCAAGCACCUGCUGCGGAGCCUGCUGCAGGUGGACCUCACCAAACGCUUCGGGAACCUCCGGAACAGGGUCGGCGACAUCAAGAACCACAAGUGGUUCGCCACAACCAACUGGAUCGCCAUCUAUGAGAAGAAGGUGGAAGCUCCCUUCAUCCCGAAGUUUGCAGGCCCUGGGGAUGCCAGUAACUUUGACAACUACAAGGAGAAAGAGAUCCGGAUCUCCAUCAACGAGAAGUGUGCUAAAGAGUUUUCUGAGUUUUAGGGGUCUGCUUG